GAAUAGAUGAAGCAAUAGCCAGUAACAAUCCCGAUACUAUCUAUAAUUAUCUAAAAGAUAAUUUGGAUAAUCUUAUGAAUAAUCAAAUUGAUUUUGCCUUACAACAAAAUGGAUUAACUGCUACUGAUUUAUCAAAUGAUACUAAAUCUAAAUAUGAGGAGUUAGAUAAUAAUACUAAUGCUGAUACUCCUGAUCCUCGGUUUGUAGAAAGCAGUAUAGAUUAUCGAAAAAAAGCAGUUUCAUCCUAUAAGUUAACUCACCAAG